AUGUCCACGCGAAAGCGGCGGACCUGCUGCGGGCGUCGCGCGGCCACUGCAGCAGCACUGCUGCUGAGCGCCUCCCAGCGUCUAAGCCAAAGCCUGGUGCAGAUCAAGAUUGCACCAACGACGCGAACCUCGCUGCGGGCAGAAGGAGCUCCGCCACAAGGCCGGCGCGAGGAGUCCUCCUUGACCAGCGCCUUGGAAGCCGCUGAACUUUGGAUGCCCUCGGGCCCCUCCUCCGACCUUCCAGGGAAGAGGAAGGAAGAGGCCUUCACAGCUAAAGCUGUCUUGGAAUGUGCGGAGAGCGGGGAUGGCCGUCGAGCUGCACGAUGGCUCGAGGUUUUGCUGAGCAGGGGCCUCCUGGAGGAAGAGAGCUCCAGUGUGAUUUUCUGUGCCGUGGCACCAGCUCUUGCACGGCAGGGCUUGGCCGUGGCUGCCAGCCGAUACCUGCAGCGCUGCAUGGACAUGGGCCAGACCCCGGAGGCUCAGAUUUUCCGAAGAGUUCUUCUCGAGCUUGAGCAAGGUGGAGCCACAGAUGACGCGGAUGAUUUCGUAUUGUUGCAUGAGCAAAUGCGACUUGCUGGCCACCUUCCAGAUCUCGACUGUUGCAAAGCUGUUCUGCGCAGCCUAGGUGGGGCGAACAAGAGCCUGGAUGCUGCGGUGAGGUGGGUUGAGCACGAGAUGCCGUCAUGUGGUGUAGAACCCGACGACGAAGCUUUCGAAAUCCUUUUCAAUGCCUGUCGCCGAGAAGGUCAUCCUCAACGAGCAAGAGGCUGGCUCGAACGAAUGAGGAACCCACCGUCGCAGCGUCUGCUCCUGAAGCUGCAGGAGGAGCUUCAGUCAGAGGAGGUGGAUGCUUUGGAGCUCUGGCUGUCAGAGCCAGCGCUACAAGAGCUCCAAAUGUGCCGGCCUUUGGCCCGCCGCCUCCUCUCCAGGCUGUCUGCGACAUCCCCGCAGCAAGCCGAGGAGUGGCUCGACAGGCUGCUGUCUGCUGGCCUUGAACCCGACCGGAUGUGCUACUCCUGCAUUGCGGAAGCUUGGCUGGAAGCCGGCGACCUGAGCCGAUCCGCUGCCAUGGUGGAUCGCAUGGUGGCAGCAGGCUUCCUGCCAUCGCGCGAAAUGACGGCCGCUGUGCUGCUGUCCGGCUACGACAAUGAAAAGCAAGAUGCCAGCGAAUCGAAAGCCGAUGCCCGUGUCGCAGACCUGGCGCAGACCGGUAGGGUCCACGAGGCCGCACAAAUUCUUCUCGAAGAGCUCGCGGCAAGCCGGGGGGUGGAGGCCUCCUCCUUCGACAAGCUCAUCGCGGCCUUCGGUGCCAAGGGUUACCCAGAGGAGGCCACAGAGUGGUUUCACAGAAUGGCUGCCUGCGGCUUGAAGCAAGGCGUCAAGGCGAGCUCUGCCUUAGUGACAGCUUGGGCCGUGAGCGGGAAUCCCGCCAAAGCCGCGGAGGUUCUCAAAGAGCUCGAAGAUCAAGGCAAGGAUUUGGACCAGUAUGCCUACACAAGCGUCAUCAGUGCCUUCGCCGAUGAAGCGAAUGCCACCGCCGCCGAAGAUUGGUUCAACCGCAUGGCGCAACGCGGCUUCGACGCCGAUGUUGCAGCUUCCAAUGCAGUGCUGAAGGCCAUCGUUCAAAAGAACCUCAGUGCUGCGGAAAGCUGGCUCCAAGCCAUGCCGCAGCAACAGUUGGCCCCGACAGCUGUCUCCUACAACACUCUCCUGGGCGGCCUUGCGCAGGCAGGAAGGGCGGAGGAGAUCCGGACGUGGAUGGAAAGGAUGCGAUCUACCCGGUGCCUGCCGGGGAUCGUAACCUACAACGCCGUCAUCCGUGGCUUCACCAAGCUCCGCAUGCUGCCGCAGGCUGAAGAGUGGCUUCGGCAACUGCAAGGUGUCCGACUGAAUCCGGACAGGACGACCUACAAUCAGCUCAUUCGUGGUUGCGCUCGGGACAUUGAGGGCGCCAGCGGGUGGUUUGAGGAGAUGCAGCUGCAGAAACUUGAGCCGGAUGCAGUCUCGUACAACUCCAUCAUCCAUUGUUGCGGGGAGGCAAGCACGAGGGGCACGCCUGAAGAUGUUCUAUUGUGGCGCAAGUCUUGCGAUGGCUCCGAUUGCGAAUACUACAGUGUGGGAAACGGCUACUGCUUGAUGAGGACUUCCGACCACCAGGAGAUGCAGCGUUUGCAGCUGAUAGAGCAAGAAGAAGUUGUGAGGCUGGAGAAGAGUGGCAUCCGGCUAGACCCCAACUCGGACUCGGGACAUGCCCCUGAUCCACCUGUAUGGCUCAUCCCAUCCAACUGCCGAGUUCGGAGUUUGGGUCCGAUGCCACCUCAAAUAUGGCAAGACCGUCAAAACAGGACACUUCCUUCCGAUGCGUGGCCGGUGGAAGUGCAGCUGUCCCACUGCCCAAAACGGGUUCCCGUGGCAAUCCUUACAAUACCUAAAUGUGGGACUACCUCAACCAUCAAUUGGGCCUUGCAAAUGGAAGGCGAGGAGGAUCUUGAUUCGCUGGUGCAGGGAGCCAGUCUGUUUUUGAAAUACAAGGGUCCUGGAGAGUUUUCCGACUCCUUCAUAAUUCCUGAGUUGCAGCGUGCAGCCGCUGCUGGAGCCGUCCCGACUGAAAAGCUGGCUGGCUCAACAUGGAGCUCGAACAUGAUGUACCGAGCCAUCCACCGUUACAAACCGGGUGGCGAAAAUUAUGAUAAAUCACUGGCUGUGGAAAGGGAGUUCGUUCCUCCGGCGCACCUUUGCCCGUUUUGCUGCUUGUAUGGACAUGGCCGUCAACACGUUGUGAUGGGCAGGAAUCCAUUCGUCAGGAUGACGUCCUACUUUAAGUUCAGCUGGCUGAACAACAACGCGGUCUGGGGCCAGCAUAAAUGGACGAGAUGGGAAGGCUUCGGCGACUGGCUGUCGCUUGUGAUGGAAGCUCGCCAGUCCAUGCCCGGCGGUUUCGCCAACGGUCUCCAGUGGGCUCCGACCAUCAGGCAGUCCUGCCGCCAGAGCUCUACUCUGAUACCUGGCACGGCUCUCCAUCCUUUUCAUUGCGAGACCAAGUACUACUCUCUGUCAGCGGAAGACAUCUUCCACAUACGGCCCUUGAGUGACAUGGUGCACGACGAACGUUUCCUGGCCGGAUCUUCUUUCCUGGAGGAUGUAGUGGUCUUACACCUGGAGACGCUGCAAGACGACAUUGCGUUGCUCCGCGACACCCUGUGCAGGAGGUUCUCUUUCUGCACGGGGUUGCCGCCCUUUCCACAAGUCUUGCCCGGUAAGAACCUGCGGGACAGCAUGCGAGAAGGGGCGGUGAAAGAGCAUUGCAGCUUCAAUGAGAAGACGCUGGAGUGGCGGAACUGCACGGCUCCCGCAUGGACCGAGCUGUGGACAGAGUCCCUGCGACAGCAGAUGGUCUGGCACUACGGGGACGACUUCAAAUGGCUUGGGUAUUCCACAGACCCUGGCCAGCUGAUGCCAUUGAACGCAGCACAGCCCAAGCUGGCGCAUCGCUGGCUCCGUGCUAUGGAGCGCAGAGGUCUUGAGCUGCGGCCCCGAACACACCAGGGACGGGGCCUGCACAAAGUUAAAUGUUCUAUGAUGCUAUGA